CUGUGCCCAAACAUUUGUGCUUUUCUUUAGCCAGCUGGAAAACUUGCAGCCCGAGAUCAAAGCCCUCUCGGAGCGCCUUCGCUAUGAAGUUUCCGUGCGUGGGAAGCAGCUGGGCUGGUCUGAAAGGGUGUGCAGGUUCCACUUCAGGAAGAACCUGCGGCGGAUUGUGACGGAGCUGUACGUCCGGGACAACUGCCACCCAUUCAAGGCCACCCUGCUGGUGUGGGUGCAGAUCCCCGUGUGGGUGUGCGCGUCCCUCGCCCUGCGCAACUGCAGCGUUGGCGCCGCGGGCUCCGCAGUCCAAGAGGAGUUUUCCUCGGGAGGAGCUCUGUGGUUCACAGACCUCACGGCACCUGAUCCCACCUGGAUUUUGCCGGUUUCCCUGGGGCUGGUGAACUUGCUGAUCGUGGAGAUCUUUGCUUCUCAGAAAACAAAGCAAGUUUCCAGGUUCCAGAAGCUCGUUACGAAUGUGUUCCGCGUGGUGUCCGUGCUGAUGGUCCCUGUUGCUGCCACCGUCCCUUCCUCCAUGGCGCUGUACUGGCUGUCCUCGAGCCUCGUGGGGCUCUCCCACAACCUCCUGCUGCGCUCUCCCACCUUCCGACGGCUCUGCGGCAUUCCCAGGACCGGAUCCGACUCGGACACUCCGUACAGGGACAUCCUGGCUGCCCUGGCUGCCCGGUGCAGCCUGCACAAGGGACGUCUGAGCUGA